AUGUCUCUCAAUGGGUUAGAAAAUCCCGCGGUUUUAGAAGCCUACCAGAUAGCUCUAAGUGAAGCGGGGGGAUGGUUUCUCCUUCACUACGUCUCGAGGGAUGAAGUCGCUCUCCUCGAUCGGGGAACAGGCGGGGUGCCGGAGGUGCGGAACACAAUCGACGGAUACGAGGAAGUCGCACCAUUGUACGGGUUUCUACAAUAUCGUCGCAGGAAGGUGGUGUUAAGCUAUCUGCCGGAGGGUCUAUCUCGACUGAUCCAAGCCCGUACCACCGUCCAGUUUCAAUCGAUCUUGGACAAAUUCACCCCUCAUGAUACAGUCUUUACUCUCGCAAAAUCCUCUGAUCUCACCGAGAGCUCGUUGUCGUCCGCAUGCUUGCUCCAUACUGCUUCAGGUUCCAUCACCUCCUCCUCGAGCUCACUCCGCCGUCGCAGGCUGAUGGAGAUCACCGAAGAUGCAGAGGAAAAUACUGGUAGCAAGGAUGCGGCAGAGACCCAGUCUCCCAAUGGCGACGGAAGGCGAAGGUCUUUCAGUCAGUUAUCAGAAUCCACGAUUGUAGCGCCUCCAGCUCCCUUGGACACGCAACCUUCCAAUGGGGACCAACCACCGACAGUCGCGAAGGACUCCAAUGACACACGUCCCUCCGUAUUUGGUGACCGGGACGCUGAACGCCGAGCUUCGGUUAAGAAUUUGCAGGAGGAACUCUCUCACCCAUCGACCGAGCCACGCAAGUCCUCCCAGUCCGCUAGGCCGUCACUGCGAGACCUGGAACGUUCAGGUAUAUACUCACCCAAGGUCAAGCGUGGUCCUCGACCCUCCGUCGAUGGAAGUGGGCGGCCGCGCACUGCAGGUAAUCUCUCUCGAAGCAUAGAACAACAGCGGCCGGUCGCCUCCUUACCGGCUGGGGUUCGGUCAUCUUCGCUCCGAAAAAGCAACCCAUUCCCUACCGCUCGUCCUCGAUCGCAUGGUAGCACCGUGGCUUCCACACCUAACAAAUCGGCCCCUCUUGUGCCUCCGUUACUUGUACCUCCACUAUCGGCGUCCAUCUCAAGACCUCCAUUAUCACCUGGUGCAAAGUCCUUGAGUGCUCUAUCGUCGUCUACAACAUCGCAUGAGAAGGAAAGACUCAUGAAGGCACUCCAGCUUCGGAAAACGCAGAUGGAAAGGAAGGCACAUGGAGUGAAUCAGGACCAGAGUGUAUCCAAAGGAGCGACAGUGAGCUCAAGUGAGGACAAGGAGAACAUUGGCGAUGCUAAGGUUGAUGAGCAAGAGCCAGUCACCCUCGAGAUCAGCAAGCCCCCUAUGACGGAAACUCAACCACCUGUCGCUAUGGAGUCAACAGAUCAACCCCAUAAUAAGGUACACACCCCUUCUAAUCAGACGGCAAAGCCAAAUUCAACCGAAGAAUUGAGCGCAACCCAUACCCCUGCCGAUAACACGUCAGAUUUUUCGGCAACCCAUGAAGAUGCGCAACCUUCGACCGACCGUAACGAAGCCUCAGAGGUUGAUGGGUCUCCAGAAGCACAGACACAUCGCGUACCUGAAACGCAAGCUGUUGAAGGCGACUCAGCCUUGCCUGUGGACAGCGCGCCUAAAAGUGGCCCCGGCUCGCCUAGCGCCGUCAUCAACGUCCCACCUGAGGACAAAUCCUUGAAAGCUCCAGAAGAAAUUGCUACACUCUCCCAACCAACUGAAAAACCCCCCAUUUCCGGUGAACAGGCAGCAACAGACCCCACAGGAGACUCCACCACGUCGCCGAUUCAUCCCCAGUCCAUCCCUUUGCAUACCUCUCCACCCUCUGGCUCACAGCCCAAUUCCCUUCUCGAUCCAUCGACCGUCAUAACACCGGACGCUACCGGGGAGCAGCAUGACCUAGCCCCUGAAGCUGAUCACCGGAAAGACAAACGCAAGCCUCUCCUCGAACCAAUCCAAGUUCCAACCCCAGAAUAUUCGGAUGACGAUAACUUUUCGGAUGAUUCCUUGAUGGAGGAACUGAAGAGCGCUACUGUGGAGGAAGCUAAGCCUAUAUCGGUCGGAAAAUCCCCGUUGUCGCCGGGUUAUUCGAACAGUGGAAAUGAUCGAUCUACCCCGGAUGCUUGGAAGAACUCUCGCGCCGUCUCCAACCCAAGUGCUAUAGGCAGCCAGCCCGCCAACCUGCAUGCACUUGCGGUUGGUCGAUCGGUGUCCACUCCUUACACAGACGCGGACGGCGCAGUGAACCCUGUUCUGGUGGCAAAGAAGAUCAAUGUAUCUUCUGGGAUUUCGAAACGCAUCAAGGCUUUGGAAAAAUUUUCCAACGGUCGCGACAUCCCGUCGACUGCUUCCUCGAACUUGGCGGCACCUUCUGCCUCCUCUUCCUUUGAGACUCUUCGAAAGAGGGCUUCGGUGUCAUUGGGUGGGCACUCUGAUCCAUCUGGAUCCAGGCAUGGAUCGUAUAGCCCCGAGACAUUCUCACGAGCUUCAAGCCUUAGACGCCGCGACUCUAGUACAAGUGCGAAGCGCACCUUAAAUUCAGUUUCCGUAACCGCUCGAAUUGUCCGCGAGUCGGGCGAGACUUCAGAACAAACCAAUGGGGCCUCCGGGGAGGGUGUCCUCAAUCUCCAUCCCAGUCAAUUGACUGUUGAACAUGAGACUUCUGAGGUCCCGCCUUCGCAGAAUUUGAUAGCAGAGUCAGGGACGAACAAAUCGGAGAAACGAAACAUGUCGACAUCCUCCGCCAGCUCUGGUCACCAGUCUAUCCUGCCUUCUAUUCAACGCCCUGAAAGCGAGAUGUCUAUUUCCUCUGCGUCGAGAAACGAAGGGGCUCUGCCGUUAAAUUCCGAUGCGCCCUCAUCUGAAGAUAAGAAGGAAUCUCGUACAUCUCGUCUGCUCCGUCGUAUGUCAUCUAUCACAGCGCAUCCCAGGAAGGGUGCUGUCGGUACACUGAGCCCCAUGGUGAAAGAAGAGGGCGGAGCUGAUGAAACUCAAAUAUCCGAGGCCGUUGACAUCGGGGAGGUCAACGUCCAGUUCCCCGAUACCUUACUUUGGAAACGACGGUUUGUUCGCAUUGAUAACAGGGGCUUCUUGGUUUUAACGCCGGGGAACGUCGAUUCAAGCAAUCGCAACAUGAUCAAGCGAUAUCAUUUGACCGAAUUCCGCACGCCCUGUCUACCGGAUGAGGAUCGUCAGGAACUUCCCAACAGUAUCCUGUUGGACUUUGUGGAUGGGGGGACACUGCAAUGUGCCUGCGAAUCCAGACAGGGGCAGGCCUUAGUACUUCACAGUAACUAG